CCUCCUGCGCACGGCCGAGCGCUCUCCUGUACCAAAACUCCUCCGCUGUAAACUUAUGGCACACACUCACCAGUUGCCUUCGACCUGUAGCGACUGGUGCAGUACCCAAUCUGACAGAUGACUGUAAACUAUCAGUCAGGUUUUUGGUGCAGCCUAUGGCUCCUUUGCCCCGCGUAUUUCAGCGAGAAGACUUUGUAGGUUUGAUGAAGACGCUCUCCUGGCGGUGUUACCUUAAUGUGGGAGAAUGAGCUCGUUUGAGGGCAAUUCAGCUCCUGAUGGAAGGAACCACAACAACCGUGUGUUCACUGUGGAGGGAUGUCCCAGUGGAGAGUCUCCGGUGACCCCCAGGAAAAGGCUCCACUCUGCGGAGGACGCGCGCUGCAGUAGCCGGCCUCCCCCUGAGGGCGCCGGGUCAGUUUCCAUCCCCGAGUCGGAGGAGAAAGGGGCCUUCUGCCAGCAAUGCCAGAAGAAAGUCGCAGAGCUCAAGAAGCAGGCGUUUGCCCUGGCUGACCAAAACUCAUUGAAGGACCCGGGAUAUGCAACCUUCCUGUUCGAGCAGCUCCAAACACAAGGGAGCCAUGAGGCCGGCAGCUGUCAGGUUUGCUCCACACCUCUCCACCAACUGAGACAGGAGGCCUUGCAGACGCUCCACUCUCCGAUCCUCACCAUCCGCUCCGACAUGCCAACCCAGCCUCCUACGUCUUUCAUACCACAGCCGGCUAGAUACACCGCGUCGUCCUCCAGCGUCCAUGCAAAACAGCUGUCCAAAAGCCAACCAGCUACACACUCCGUCCUGCCCCUCGGGGAGAGACACAGGGUACCGGGCUGGUCACAGUGCCCGUCGGCCUCCUCGGGGCAGAAGACGAGCGUGCAGGUGACAGUGGCGGGAGGGCAGAUCAGCGGAUCCCUGAGCUCUGUCACCAUUCAGGCCCAGCAGUACCUGGAGGGCAUGUGGAGCAUCUCCAGAGUCAACAACUUCCUCCCUCAACCUAAACCGGGGCACGGUUUGAUGGGUGAAGCAGACAGGGAUGUUGCACAAUCAGAGACCCUACUCACCACCACCACCACCACCACCAUGACGACCGCCGGCACCAGCAGCACCCUGACGCCCUGCAGAGUGAGGAGCUGCAGCCAACCGGGACUCCCGGUGCCAAUCGUCACCAGUGCAACCACCUCCACCUCUGCGUCCUCGUCUGCAGCAGCCUCCUUUUUCAUCAGGGCAGCACAGAAACUGAACCUUUCAUCCAAAAGGAAGAAGCAUCCGCCCUCACUGCUCCACCCACAGGAGCCCUCCAUUUACCCAACCAACUUCAGCGGGAUCCUGCAGGUCUCGCCACCCCCUGCUCCACCAUGCCUGCUUCGAGCUGUGUCCAAAGUUAAAGAGAACCCAGGGAUGGGGAAGGUGAAAGUGAUGAUGCGUAUCUGCCCGUCUCUGGAGGCUGCGGACUCCUCAGAGUCUCAGUCCUUUCUGAAAGUCGACAGCAGGAAGAAGCAGCUGACCCUCUACGACCCCGCGUCCAGCCCACACUCCGGUUCAGGACACAGGAGAUCCGCCACCGUGGCCGUCCCAAAGAUAUUCGCUUUCGAUGCUGUUUUUACCCCGGAUGCCUCACAAGCUGAGGUGUGCUCAGGGACAGUAGCCGAGGUCAUCCAGUCUGUGGUGAACGGUGCAGACGGCUGCAUCUUCUGCUUCGGCCAAGUGAAGCUCGGCAAGACAUACACCAUGAUUGGCAAAGACAGCUCCACUCAAAGCCUCGGCAUUGUGCCCUGUGCCAUUUCCUGGCUCUUCAAGCUCAUCAACGAGCGAAAGGAGAAGACUGGCACACGCUUCUCUGUCCGAGUGUCUGCGGUGGAAAUCUUCGGGAAGGAUGAGGAGCUGAAGGACUUGUUGUCUGAGGUGUCGACGGGAAGCCUGCAGGAGGGCCAGUCCCCGGGAAUCCACCUGAGGGAGGAUCCCAUCUGCGGCACUCAGCUCCAGAAUCAGAGUGAGCUACGAGCCCCGACUGCAGAGAAAGCCGCCUUCUUCCUGGAUGCCGCCAUUGCAGCACGCAGCACCAGUAGACCCAACGUGGAUGAGGAGGAGCGGCGCAACUCGCACAUGCUGUUCACGCUACACAUCUAUCAGUACCGCAUGGAGAAGAGCGGCAAGGGCGGAAUGUCAGGCGGACGGAGUAGGCUGCACCUCAUCGACCUGGGGAGCUGUGAGAAGGUCCUGAGUAAGAGCAGAGACGGAGGGGGAGGCUUGUGUUUAUCCCUAAACGCUUUGGGAAAUGUCAUCAUGGCGUUAGCAAACGGAGCCAAACAUGUACCUUACAGGGACAGCAAACUGACGAUGUUGUUGAGGGAGUCCCUUGGCAACAUCAACUGCAGAACCACCAUGAUCGCCCACAUCUCGGAUUCCCCCGCCAACUACGCUGACUCACUCACCACCAUCCAGCUGGCAUCACGCAUCCACCGCAUGAGGAAGAAGAAAUCAAAGUAUGCAUCCAGUUCAUCUGGUGGGGAGAGUUCUUGUGAAGAAGGGAGGAUCCGCCGGCCGCCCCACCUCAGGCCGUUCCACCCUCGGACAGUUGCCCUGGACCCAGACCUGCCCUUAAUGCUCAGUGACCCAGACUACUCCUCCAGUAGUGAACAAUCCUGUGAUACUGUCAUUUACGUUGGCCCUGGGGGAACGGCUAUCUCAGACAGAGAGCUCAGUGACAACGAAGGCCCGCCUGCUUUUGUUCCGAUCAUCCCCUCUCUGAACAAGAGGAGGUCUACAAAAGACGGUCCUCUGGACAGAGACCAGUUCUUUAAGUGCAACACGUUUGCUGAGCUACAGGAGAGGCUGGAGUGUAUAGACGGUAGCGAAGAACCCACUGCGUUCGUGGGAGAGGGCAAGAAAAGCCAAGCUAGCCCCAAAAUGGACAAAUCCAAGGAGAGCCAAGGCUCUGUUUCACCAAAGACUGUAGCAAACAUCUCGAAUAACCAAGAGGCUGAUUCGCCCAAACAAUCUCCUAAAUCUGUUGCCAUACAACCGUCCUGCAGCCCUAACAGUAAAUCAAAACUGGACAAUGCUAACAUGGAAUGCACACCUGAAGAAAAGGAACCAUCAGACAGCGUUCAAAAUGUGUGCAGAACCAGCGCCGAUGGGGAGAAAGCCUUGGUGUAUGAAAGCAGGGUGAGCCCUAACAAACUUGGAACUGCCGCAGGACCAAAUUCAGAGCCUGUGGUGAGGGAAAAAGUCUACUUCAACAAGAAAGCUUUGCCCAAACCAGCCCCACCUCCGUCACAGCAGAGAGAAAACACAGAGGAGAGAUCCAGCACCAGAAUGCCUCCUGUGGGAAUGAGCCACCAAGCUGUGAAGAGACGGGAUCCGUACAGUUCCCCUUUGCUCAGAGCUCCUGUGGAAGUGUGCCAGGUUCGCUCCACUUUAAGGGAAAGAUGUCUGGAUCGGGACAUCCUCAGAGCCACAGUCACCUUGCAGCAGCCUGUGGAGCUGAACGGAGAGGACGAGCUGGUGUUCACCGUGGUGGAGGAGCUGGCUAUAGGCAGUAUUGUAGAUCAAGGUCGUCCAUCGAGCAUCAUCAGCUUUAACAGCGACUGCUCCCUUCAAGCGCUGGCCUCUGGCUCCAGACCUGUCAGCAUCAUCAGCAGCAUCAAUGAUGAGUUUGACGCCUACACGUCGGCUGUGGGCGGGUCGGAGGUGAACAUAGCCGUGGUCACGCCGCUCCAAGAGGGAGCGAUGGAGUGCACAGACAGCAGGGGUUCAUCCAUCAGCUCCUGGUUGAGUGAGGUUAGCGUCUGCACCAUGGAGAGUGAAGGGGUUCAUUCUGCAGAUGUCUUCCUUCCACAGUCCAAACACAUGCCACCAGAGGCUACAUUUUACUUUGAUUCCUUGGAUAUGUUGCACUGUGUAUCUUCUGCUAGAGACGCCAAGAACUCCUUAAACGACAGUGGAUUUAGUUUCUCUGAACUAGACAGUGACAGCGCAGCCUCCAGCAAACUAUCGUUGACAAAGUGCCCUCCAUCUCCAGAAUCCACCAAAGGCUCCCUUAAAAUGACGUCAAAAAUAUCUAAAGCUCACUCGCUCAGCUCCUCGCAACUUCCACAAGGCCCCUCCAUGGUCCACUCCAGUCUUCCCAGGAAGAUUAAACCUACCUCAUCCAUCUCUCACAGUAGCAGCAGUAGCAGCAGCAGAGAGCCACCAAGGCAAGAGGCUAAGCAAGAAGAUCCUUGGCAACGCGGCAACAACCACCCAGAACCUCAGCUCUCUGACUCCAGCAGCACCAGCAAAUUCCUCAGAAACCCUCCAAGUAGUAUCCCUUCCUUCAGAGCAUCCAACAACAGCAACAGUGUACCUCGCCCGCCCAAGGUGCAGGGGUCUACCUUGUCCCAGAGGGUGGUCGACGGCUGCGAGAAAUCAGCUAUUAAGAAUCCACCCAGCAGAAUGCCUCAGCUGAGACGAGGUGCCACCACCUUGGGAACUGUACCCGUCAUCCACUCCACCAUGGACCACAAGGGGACCCAAGAUGUUAUCGCAUCGCCAACCAGCCUUAAAUACUCCUCUCUGGGGAAAAACAACAAGGCUAACUCACAGAAAGCGAGCAAUCUCCCGAGACCUGGUUGCACCUCUCCUCCACCCCCUCCUCCAGUGAGAAAGUCCAGUCUGGAUCAUAAGACUAAGACUCUGCUGCCCCAAAGUGCCUUAAAGUCAGCAUACGGGGAGGCAGGAAGGGGAACAAGGGCAGCUGUAUCUGAGGAUGAGCUUGAGGUACGUCACAGAGUAGACUCUACCAGUUACAAAACCUCAAGCCUCAACACAGCCAAAGUUACCUCCAGCCUGAAGGGCCGGGGUCCCAGAGGAGAAUCUGGACUGCAUUAUGGAAGUCAAAUGUCCCUGGAGAGGUGUGAGAGUCUGUCCUUAUCAGGCUCCAGAGCUGCGCUUAGCAGGGAGAAUAGCGGGACAAGUCUUGGGAGCACCAAAUCCAACAAAUCUAUCCCAAGAUUUGGUAUUCCAAAUUCAUCCAGCUCUCCUAUAGCGACCUGCCCGUCAUCUCCAAGUGGAGGAAGUCUCAGCAGGUCUGGUCAAGUGAAAGCUUCAGCCAAUCCCAGAGCAUUAGGAGCAGUCAAUGGUAGUAAGGCGCGCUCUCUAUCAGCCAACAACUCCAAGGGCCUGAGCUCCUCCACCAAAUCUUUGGCUGCUCCUGUUAGCAGAAACACCAACGCCAACCUGCCCCCAUCAGGACGGACUUCGGCUACACGGACUGCUACUGCUGCCGUCAGCAGCAAACCAGCGAGAGGAACGAUUAUGGGCACAAAACAGGCCAUGAGGGCUGCAAACAGCCGCGUGAGCGAACUAGCAACAGGCAACAUAUCAGGCAAACACUUGAGAGGUUCAGGGGAUUCAGACAGCGGGAACGACAGCGGGGUGAACGUGAGCGACGACAAAUCCCCUGCGGCCAUGCUGCCAUCUCCGUACAGCAAAAUCACAGCGCCCAGGAGACCGCAGCGCUACAGCAGCGGGCACGGCAGUGACAACAGCAGCGUGUUGAGCGGGGAGCUUCCCCCAGCUAUGGGCCGUACGGCUCUGUUCUACCACAGCGGAGGCAGCAGCGGAUACGAGAGCAUGAUCCGUGACAGCGAGGCCACCGGCAGCGCCUCCUCAGCUCAUGACUCCAUGAGUGAGAGUGGCAUGUCGACUUCAGGCAGAAUGAGGAGCUCCAAGUAUCCCAAGAAAAGAGCAAACGGCUUCCAGAGAAGGCGGCUCAUCCCAGCUCCCCUUCCAGACACCUCCUCCCUGGGGAAGAAGGCAGCCACAGCAGGCCAGUGGGUGGACCUGCCUCCUAUGUCUGGAACACUAAAGGAGCCUUUUGAAAUCAAGGUGUAUGAGAUCGACGAUGUGGAGCGGCUCCAGAGGCGCCGACAGGAGGAGGCUGUGGAGCAACCAUUCCAGGAUGUUGACAAGGGUCUUCAGUAUUUUAACAGUAAACUGAAGAUGCUGGAGAGAAGGCAACAGCAAGUGAGAGAGCUGAGGGUGAAGUAUGAAGUGUUGUUGGAGGAGCUGGAAGACACCAAAGCACGACUGAUGAUGGACCCUUGCAAGUGGAUAGGAGAGUUCGAGGUGGACCAGAGUUUGGAUAAAGAGUCUCCAGAGUACCUGGAGGCCUUGGCACAGGCCACGGAGGAGCUGGAGUUCUGCGUCAAUCUAUGCAAGUCCCGUGUCAUGAUGGUGACCUGCUUUGACAUCGCCAUGCCAACACCUGGUGCUCAAGAGGGACUGCGGGAAGUCGAAGUCUGAGGACAAAAGCAAGUGAAAGCGGAGAAAAGAGGAAGUGAGAAAACAAAGGACGAUGAAACGUAGUCGUCACUGGAAUAAAGAAGAACACGUGACAGAGAUAAACAGAGAGCGGAUAUUUGCAUGAAAAAAAGAGGAGAUGCUAACACCUAGCUACAGUGCCUCGUUGUCCAGGACGUGUUUUAAUGGCGGAGGUAUCAAACGUGAGCACAAAUGCUUUUGCUUGUGUGGCGAAGCAGUGGCCAUCACUUACUCAAGAGUCAAUGAACAAUACCUGGAAGUGCCUUUUUUACUGUUGUUUUAAGUCAUUAUUUUUCAUAAGGUGCAGGUAUCUUCAGCAUACCUAAGCAAACCCCUGAACAUAUUGCUUUUAAGAAAAAAUAUUUUAUAUUGCAUUGUAUAGUGUAUUUAUAUGACUAUGUGGUGUGUACAAAUAUCCUUUUAAGGGAAAAAAUAAAGAGGAAAAAAAGAAAAAAGCAAUAAGCUAAUGUUAUUGCGCUCCCAGACUUUGCCUUUUGCCUCUUCUUUCAAACCUCAGUCAGCAUUUUAAACCACGUUCAUUCAGCCUCUAGCGCCUUACUUUAACUCUCUGGUUCUGUAGUUUUCUAGAUUUUUCAAACCGGACUCUGUUAUCUCAUCAAGGACUGUGUUCGCUGUUGUCACUCAUCGCCUGCCAGCUGGCCUGUGAAUGCUAGCAGGGCUGAGUGAAUGUUUUUUCUCCUCCAGUUGCCUUGAUCAAAAUGGGUCUCAGUGGAUGCACUACGGUGGAGCAGCAGUCGGGCUCUGUUUUCGUGUUUGUCUCACUGAAAACGAGAGAUUAAGCCAAAACAUAUCAAUCAGAGAGCCACUGUGAUAGAAAGUGAGUGAUCAGUCUUGAUUCAGCCAUUCUUUCUGGGGCCUCAGUACGGUAUCAGAGGCUCGACCUUACAGACACAAGAGCCUGGUUUCAGAGUUAGUGCUCUUCAGAGAGCCGGAUCUCUUGGGACGGGUGCUGUCUUUACACUGUUAAUCAGUCACACAGAUAUGGCACAAGUCCUCUGGCGUCUUAUAGGAUACUUUUUCUAAAGCGCUCCCAAGCCUCUAUGCAUUCCAAUACAUUUACUGCAACUGCUGUCAGAACCUCAACGCAGAGCAGCCGCACAGUUUGGCCUCUUUCCCACCCCUUUCUUUUUUAAAUUCGUCAGAUUAUCAGAGCCGAUCCAGCAUCCCAAACAAAGACUCAAGAAUGCGUAUUUGCAGUGAAAGGGAGCAAAUGAUUGUGACAGUAUUUUGGAUAAAUCAAUCUCGAUAUCAGCUCUUUGUUGCUGUCAGAAUGUGCUUCUCAUGAAUCAAACGGCUGACUCACAGAGAGAAGAAAGAUGAUCGCUGAAAAUGAUUGUUAAGACAAACAAACUGGCUUUGUUGUACUGUAAUAUGUUUGAUUUGUAGAACUAGGACAGACAUGACUUUGUUUUCUUUUCUUUUACAAAGAUGUACCCUCUCAGGCCCUCUCUGAAGAUGCUGCAUGAGAUUUUUUAAUCAUUUUUACGAAUGAUUUCUACUCCAUUUUUACCAUUCUAAUUUUUUACAAUGCUUCAGUUUUUCACUAAUGUAGGGGUUGUUUGGGUUCAUGAAUUAAAUAACUGUUACCAAACGUAGACCUUUUUUCCAAGAAAUGAUUAUAUGUAAGGUCAUUUUUCAUAUCAAAACCCAUAUUUUCAAAGACUUUUGUUUUUGUAUAGGAUUUUCAAACCCUGUGUAUAAAUGUAUGAUAUGGCAGCUUGUGUUUUACUUUUACAGUACCUGUGAAUAAAAUGUUUCUUCUUACUGA